CCCCCAAGCAAUAUUGCUCCCAAACAAGGACUUAUUGCUCCAAAUUGUUUGGAGGUUGUUUACGUCUGGCCUUACAUUGUUCACUCGCGUCAUAUUACAAAGGCCCACGUUCUAAUCGUCUCGAAACCUACAGGUAGUAACUAAAUUAAAAAAAGAGAAGAAAUCGUAGCAGUAUACUAGGAAUUGUUUUCUACCAUUACUCUCACACUCACUGUCUGUUACAGCCUUAAGCUUUUGAAUGCGGCUAUAAAAUAACCUUAGUUUCUCCUUUUUCGGUUUUCUCCGAAAUGUCUAAAAUGCCUGGACCUGAAUA